UUCGGCGGUUCCGGGUGAGGGAGGGGACCGACGACAGUUGUCUUCUGCUGCUCUCCGGUGCUUUCGCUUUUCCGAGGGUCCAGUGUGUUUCGCCACCCGAGGAGAACCCGCGUACUCCACGUAUAACAGCGCGAAGCAUAGUGGCAGGGGGGAGGGGAAUCUCGUCAAGGGUGUGUAUCAAGUAUAAACUCAAGAGUAGACUGAUUAAGGCACCAACAUGGCCACGCAGAAAGCGAAAUUUGUAAAUAAACAAUUCAACUCUCCUAUCAAUUUGUAUUCGCCACAGACGAUACAGGAAACUCUAGAUAGACAGACUCAAGUUCUGGCUAACGGUGCAGUCGGGAUCGACUUUAGUCAGUUGGCCAAGCCAGCGAACUUGCAGAAUAGCGCCGUUCUACGUAUGCUCGAAGAAGAAGAAGCGAGGCAGCGCGGUGGUCAACCUGGUCUCAAACGAGUAGCUUGGCCACCGCCUCCAGAAGAUCAAGACUUCGACUACAUCGAGCAAGCUCCCGUCCAAGCGAAGUCCGUGCGUUCGCUCGAGCCUACAAAAUUAUCUGUUUUCCCCUCCGGUAAGACCCGUGGGUACGGUGAAUUCGGCUCGUACCAGAGUAGUCUCUCAUCGGGUCCGUCACCCCAACCGUCCUCGACGGUCGCACGGUCGUCGACACAGAGCGCCGUCCCGUCGUCCCCAUCGCCGAUCAGUCCUGGCGGCACGCUCCUGCGACAGCCUUCGCACUUCCAACAGCAACAGAACCUCAGAGGCUGGACGCCCGUGACACCCCCGGCAACCUCGCCGCUCUCUCAGCAGCAUCCCCUAUUACCGGGCCAACAGCAACAACAACAACAGCAGACUCAGCCUUGGCAGCAGCACUCCCAGGAUCCAUACGACCGGGCACCGCAGAGACAGCAACAGAAUCUAUCCGGUUAUUAUACACCCACCCCUGCGGCGUUCGAGGCACCACCCUCCACUAUCGUCCUCCGUCCUGAGCCGCCUAUCUCGCAGGCACCAGCACCGGUGUACCAGGCCCAACCCGCAGCAACAAAAGCUCCGGCAACAGGCAAUAUGCGAGGAGAUUUGAAGUGGCCGCCGGCGUCCGUGAAGGCCCAGUUCGAGGCGGAGAACCGUGCCAGGAUAGAGCUCGCAAAGGGCCCUGCUUUUAGGCCUCGUCGAGUGCACAAGGACUAUAGCGGUUUCUUCGCGCAACACGCCCUGAACAGCAGCUAUCCGGGCUACCGAGCACCUCCUGGCACCCAGUACUUCACCCCGGCUUACCAACAGUAGCGAAUAUUCCGUUUCCGAGAGCAACGCAUUCGAGCAUGAGGCAUCGUCCCGAGUUUCUCAUCGAUUGGGAUGCUCAGGACGCUGUUUGUGAAUCUUGCGAGAUUCGCAAGAAUCAGAGAAACGCAUGAAAGUCGAUUUCUUUGUGAAUAAAAAAAAUCACGAUUGUAAAAAAAAAUCGAUGCAGAAUUUCGUCUUUUUUUUGCAAUAUGAUUUCUUCUUUCCUUCAUUCACGCGUAUCUGCACAUGAAUGCUUGUGCUGUAGUUCUUUCAGAAUGUGAUUCAGUUAAUUGAAGAGAAAUUCCACGUCAUGCGUUUCUCGGGUUUUUAGAGAUUUUCGAUCUGGAUUUCUCGAGCUUCAACGAACCUGUAUAUACAGAGACUGAACGAUUACCUUUCAUCUUUGCAGGGUAGCGUAAACUAAUAACAAUUAUCGAAAAUCUGGCUCAUUUACAGCAUUCGGUUUAUUAUUCGAGCAUCGUCGUUCGGAGUUCCCACACUUGUGAGCGUCGCGUUCUCUUUUUUUUAAUCUAAAUUCUUAGGUACGUUUACAUUUGUGAAAUGAAACAGUAGGAUAAAGAUACAACAGCUUAUUUAUUUAUUUAAAAAAUUUUAUUUCUUCGCGCAAAAAAACUGUUUUUUUUUCUUUAAUCUAUCUCUAAUCUAUCUAGAGAUUCUUAUUUGUACGAAGACAUCCCCGGUUUGGGAAUUUCUGAUCUAGGUGGACUCAAUGUUGUGAUAGAAUUAACGCUGCGAACAGAUUUUACAGGUUUACAAGACUAACGCUUGCCAUACGAAUCACAAGAGUGGCGGAUCACAAGCGAUUGUUUAAAGAAGAAUAAUAAUGUAGUAGCAGAUUGUGCUUUUUACUGAAAAAUCACAAUAAUUUGGGAAAGCAACGAACAUCGAAUACAGAUAAAAAUCCACGAAAUAAACGAUCGAAUCAUAUAAUCGGACUGGAUUCGCUUUGGCGCUCACGCUUUAAGUGUCAUUUCAUCCUUGUUGAUUAUUAAAUAUUAAA